UACAGUAGGGAGCAGACUGGAGCAUGGCGCAGAGGAGGCCAGGCGUAAUCAAAAAGCUCCAAAACUUUCACUUUACCGUCAUUUUACCCUUUGCCCGUGCGUAAUUACGCGUAGGACACACCACUAUUGACAAGAGGAGCGUCCGAUUUCUGACUAAGCCCCUAACCUGAGCGACAGAGGAGAUGGAGAAUCCAGUAUUACAGACGCAGCCCUCCACGCUGCCGUUCUUUGACACAGCUCACGCCUUUAACCUCCUGAGGGGGAUCCACGAGCUGCGUGCUGAGAGGAAGUUCUUUGAUGUGACUCUUUGUGCUGAGGGUCGAGAGUUCCACUGUCACCGCACGGUUCUGGCUGCUGCGAGUAUGUACUUCAGAGCCAUGUUCGCUGGGACGCUGAAGGAGAGUGCCAUGGACCGGGUGGUGCUACAUGAGGUGUCUGCAGAGCUGCUGGAGCUGCUGGUGGACUUCUGUUACACAGGCAGAGUCACAGUGACGCAGGAGAACGUGGACGUUCUCCUGAAGACCGCUGACCUUUUCCAGUUUCCCUCUGUUAAAGAGGCCUGCUGUGCUUUUCUGGAGCAGAGACUGGACGUGUCCAACUGUCUGGAGAUACAGGACUUUGCAGAGGCCUACGCCUGCAGAGAGCUAGCUGCUAGCGCACGCAGGUUUGUGCUGAAGAACAUCAUGGAGCUGGCCAAAGGCACAGACUUCGAGCGGUUACCAUGGAAGCGUCUGCUGGAGUUUGUGACAGACGAUGAGCUGUGUGUGGACAAAGAGGAGACAGUUUAUCAGAUUGCGGUGCGCUGGGUGAAGGCCGAUCUACAGAGGAGACUACACUAUUGGCCUGAGCUGCUCCAGCAGGUCCGACUGCCCUUUGUGCGCAGGUUCUUCCUGCUGGCUCAUGUGGAGAGUGACCCUCUGGUUUACCUGUCUCCCACCUGUCUACGCCUGGUGAACGAGGCACGCAGCUUCCAAAGCUGUGAGUACGAUCGCCAUGACCGGCCCUGUCAGCGCAUGAGGCCCCGGCCGUCCACCGGGCUCGCUGAGAUCCUGGUGGUGAUCGGGGGCUGUGAUCAGGACUGUGAUGAGCUGGUGACCGUGGACUGUUAUAACCCUCAGACCGGACAGUGGAGGUACCUCGCUGAGUUCCCUGAUCACCUGGGAGGAGGCUACAGCAUCAGUGCACUGGGCAACGACAUCUACGUUACAGGAGGCUCUGACGGUUCACGACUCUACAACGGUGUGUGGCGAUACAAGUCCAGUGUAAACGAGUGGACCGAAGUAUCACCAAUGCUGAAGCCUCGAGAGUACCACAGCUCCUGCGUUUUAAAGGGACAGCUUUACGUAGUCGCCUCUGACAGCACCGAGAGAUACGAUCACGCCCUGGACUGCUGGGAGGCCCUACCCCCAAUGCUGCACCCCAUGGACAACUGCUCCACCACCACCUGCAGGGGGCGCCUGUAUGCCAUCGGCUGCCUGGCUGGAGAGGACACUAUGUCCGUCCAGAGUUAUGACCCAGAGACCAAUCGCUGGACUAUGGUGAACUGUGGUCAGCUGCCGCCCUGGUCUUUCACCCCCAAAACAGUCACUCUGUACGGGCUCAUCUAUUUUGUCAGAGAUGAUUCAGCCGAGGUGGAUGUGUACAAUCCUCAGAAGAACCAAUGGGACAAGAUCAGCCCAAUGACACAGGUGCAUGUUGGUGGCAGUGUGUCAGUCCUGGGUGGUAAACUCUAUGUCUCUGGAGGUUAUGACAACACGUUUGAGCUCUCUGAUGUGGUGGAAGCCUACGACCCCGGGACCCGAUCCUGGUCUGUGGCCGGACGACUACCUCAGCGCACUUUCUGGCACGGCAGCGUCAGCAUUUUUAGACAGUUUAUGCCCCAAGUCUCGAUCGCCUUCGAGCCACUGGAAGUCCCCGAUUCUAACGCCAUCCAACUACAUCGUCACCAUCGGCAACAAGUGCUCCAAAACAAUUUGAACAAUCUGAAUCAGAACCAGGAUGUAGAUGCUGCGCACUGAUUUUAGCUGAAAAACACAGGGACAUUUUACAUACACUGCCCUUCAUAGAAUUGGUAUCUGUGAAAAAUAUUAGCAAAUAAGGCAAAAAAUUGACUUUGUUGUUUUGAGAUUUUUUCUCCAAGAAAAUGUUGUUCUUGUAGAUUUUGGUGCCAAGAAAUGGAAAUUGCAACAAGGACUUCCCAGCAUUCAGGAAACGUCUAUUUCUGGAUCUGUGGUAUUAUCGGCCUAAAAAGGACUUUGUAUUUGAUUCCAGUGGCUACAAAAUUCAUUACAAAUUACAAUGGUCCUGGUUUGGUCCUGGCUUAGUCCUGGUUCAUUUCUGGUUUAGUCCAUGAAUCACUGCUGGAGAACUGCUCACAAUGGGGUUGAGUCUUUUAAUCCGAAAGUGUCCAAAACUACACCACUAAGUUACCGACAGUACUUUGCCAUAGAUUUUACUAUGGGGACAAUAUUUACAGAGGGCGCUGUAAUUGUGUGAACACUACACUAAUGUGAAAGUGAUCACGAUGCUGAAACAGAAAAAGCACUUUGCAACAAUAAGCAGGACUCAAAUCUGCGCUGUCUGGUUAGUUCAUUGCUAAAUGUUCUUAUAAUGGACAUUACCAAAUUACCAGUGAAUAAGCAAAUUUGUAGAUUUUGCGUAGAUUAAACUAACAAAAAAAAACACACAAUUUUGGAAAUUUUUUAUCGCAAAAGUAGUGCAUAAUAGUGCACUGUGUGUUCAGCUUUUAAGGAGACAGCUAAACUGACUGCUUGUCUCAACAGAGAUGUUAUUAAAUCCAUGUAUCAUUCACAACUAUUUUCUUCAUUAUUUGUCUCCAAAACUAAAAUGAAAAAAAAAAAACGGAUAACGAUUUAUUUCGAUUAUGAGUUUAAAUGAAUAAUGGAAAAAACAGAUAACGACCGUUUCCCAUUUCCGUGACUUAAACUGCGAUGCUGGACUUUUGCGCUGCACACGGACUGAUCCUAUCAAACUUUAUCAAUCAAACUUUAUUUAUAAAGCACUUUUCAUACAAAAAUGUAACACAAAGUGCAUCCUAGGGCUGAACCAGGACUAUACCAGUCUCAGUUCUGAUCACCCAACAGAGUACGCAGGCGCACGACCCGACUCCUGGUUCAGUCCUGGUUUAGACUUGGUUUAGUCCUGGUUCAGUCCGAAUUCAGUCCGAAUUCAGUCCGAAUGCGGUGUUAACGUCCGGCAUCGCAGUUUAAGUUACAGAAAUGGGAAAUGGCCGUUAUCCGUUUUUUCGAUUAUUCAUUUAAACACAAAAUCAAAAACUGAAAAAAAAAAUAAUUAUCUGUUUUUUAAAAGAAAAUUGUUGUUUUUACAUUUUCUUAUUUUUGGUUUUAUUUUGGAAAACAAAUAAACAAAUGAUACACAGAUUUUAUUUUUUGCCUGGAAUAUUCCACAGUAUGGCAUUCGAUAUUUCUAAUUUAUAUUAAUCCACUGUAUUUUUUAUUUCCAAAAUACCUUGAAAAACAUGAAUUCUUUCUGUAAGUGGGGUUACCUCUCCACAAAUCUGACUUGUGACUUGGCCUGCUCGUCUCCGUGGAGAUAAAUAAAUUUUAUGCUAUUCUGUGGAGCAUUCCAGGAAAGCAGUUACAUCAGUGGAAGAAAGCAGGUGGCACGCCCUCCACCAGAAAAGUUAUAUAUAGGCUCUGUUCAGGCUUACGUUACAAACCAGGAAGAUGUUUGGAAAGAUGCAACUUAAAUUACAACUUCCGACGGGUUCUGUUCUAGGAAAAAUGAAAAAAUGGCCCAGUUUUCUUCAUCUCCAUGUCAUUGUAGUGUUCCGUUAUGUUCAGAUAAUCAACAAUUACAACCAUACCUCAGUUUUUAUCAUUUUCCCCACUGAUGCACAACUCCGAGUGCACUGGGUACAUGUGAUUAGAAGAGAUCAGGCGCCAAAUUCAAGAUGAUUCCAAACAGCACAUACGUCUGCAGUCUUCAUUUCAACGCUGAUCACAUUUACUUAUGUCGUCAUCACAUGUUUCCAAACGUCUUCCUGGUUUGUGACGCAAGUGUGAAGAGAGCCUGUUGCACAUAAACAAAUUCAUUCUGGCCACAGCACUAUUCUAACCUGUGUCUUACGGUGUUUACAGUCACAUAGUUCUCAGAUUUAAAUUGGACUGUUCUUUGUUUACAUUCCGCAUGUGUAAUAUGAAGCGCUCAGACAGCUGUCCUGACUCAGCCUCACAGAUGUUCAGCAGGUGUGCCCCUCAUUACAGUAUCAUUAAUUCAAGAUAGCUGCAUGCUGUUUCCUGAUGUUAUUCUCCAUGUAGCCAUUAGACUGAACUGAGAUCUACAGUCCCUGACAAAAGUCUUGUCACUUAUCCAUUUUGUAGAAACAAAAGCUUAUAACUUGACUUUAAAUUAAUCGAUUGGUUUUAGAAAUGUCUCAUAUGAAAGCUAAAACCCUCCCAAAUUAUGCUCAAUAUACUAAAAAAAAUUUGCUUCACUGAAAAAAGAUUGAUCAUUUAAUGAACACGGAAAGGUCAGAUUUUGGCAAGACAAAAGUUUUGUCGCCUUGUCUUAUGAUGCACCCAAUCCUAGAUUACAGCCUCACCUGUGGUCAGUUACUGAUCAAUCAGUUAGUGGGUGUGUAUAAAAAGAAGCCCAGCACACCAGACCUUCACAUCAACUGCAACUUGACCUCUGACAACAUGCCUAAGAUCCACCCUGAGACCAAAGCGUUAAUUAUCAAGAGGCUGAAGACCAGAUCCACUGCUGAGGUGGCUGACACCUUCAAUGUGUCUCAGCGUCAAGUACAAAGAAUAAGAAAAAGAUCUGAAAUGACUGGAGAUGUUUUUGACAAGCCCAGGUCCAGCAGACCCCGCAAGACAACUGCUUGGGAGGACCGUUUGUUGAUUCAAAAAUCCAAGGACAGCCCCUUUUCCACUGCAGCAGACUCCACCAGGCCUGGUCACCUCAAGUCCCUGUGUCAACCUGAACAGUUUGUAGAAUUCUGUCUCAAAAUGGCCUCCAUGGUCGAAUCAGUGCACAGAAACCAGCACUAAACAAAAGGCAAUUAAAAAACCAUGUGGCAUUUGCCAAGGCCCACAGCCUGCUAAAAGGAUGGACACUGGAAAAGUGGCAGAAGGUGGAUUUCUCAGAUGAAUCCUCGACUGAAUUACAUCACAGCCGCCGCAAAUAUUGCAGGAGACCUACUGGAGCCCGCAUGGAUCCAAGAUUCACCCAGAAAACAGUUAAGUUUGGUGGCGGAAAAAUCAUGGUCUGGGGUUACAUCCAGUAUGGGGGUGUGCGAGACAUUUGCAGGGUGGAAGGCAAUAUCAAUAACCUAAAAUAUCAAGAAGUAUUAGCUCCUCUUACAUUCCCAACCAUAAAAGGGGUCAAAUUUUGCAGCAGGAUGGUGCUCCAUCGCAAACUUCUAUCUCUACAUCAGAGUUUCUCAAGGCGAAGAAGAUGAAGGUGCUCCAGGACUGGCCAGCCCAGUCACCAGACAUGAACAUCAUUGAGCAUGUCUGGGCUAGAAUGAAAGAGGAAGCAUGGAAGGCAAAACCAAAGAAUCUUGAUGAACUCUGGGAGGCAUGUAAGACGCUUUCUUUGCUAUUCCUGAUGACUUCAUCAACAAAUUGUAUGAAUCAUUGUCAAACCGCAUGGAUGCGUCCUUCAAGCUCCUGGAAGUCAUACAAGAUAUUAAAUAUGGAUCUCACAGCACCACUACUUAAUUCACUGACAUUAUGCAACAUAUUUUUGUAUUUGAAGUAAAUUAUUUGUAAAAUUUUCUGUAGGCGACAAAACUUUUGUCUUGCCAAAAUCUGACCUUUCUGUGAUCAAUCUUUUUUCAGUGAAGCAAAUUUAUUUUAGUUUAUUGAGCAUAAUUUGGGAGGGUUUUAGCUUUCAUAUGAGACAUUUCUAAAACCAAUCUAUUAAUUUAAAGUCAAGUUAUAAGCUUUUGUUUCUACAAAAUGGAUAAGUGACAAGACUUUUGUCAGGGACUGUAUGGCUGUGUUCACACGAUGGUUAGAAAAAGAACGCAAUCAAUCCCCAGGUACUACAUGAUGUUAAAACAAACAUUGAAAGUAGAGAAAGAGAACGAGUAUGAUUCUGAAAAGAAACUGGAAAAAUCUGACAAAUUUGGACCUUUCCCGAAUAGUUUUCGAAGGAUUAAAUUAUUAAACUUUAUCAAAUGAGUCUUGUGGUAUCAAAAUGAAUAUCAAAUAUCAAGUGUUUUCCUUAAUAACAAGUAUAUAUUGAGUUUGAAAUUUUUGUAUCUUGAUGACACUAGUUAACACCAGCUUUGGUCCUGAGUUAGUCCUUGUUUAGUCCUGGUCUAGUCCUGUUUUUAUCUUUAUUUAUUUAUUUGGUUUAUUUAGCAGGAACAGUGUACAUUAAUCAACAUUUCUCUAAAUCCUUUACCCCUGGUUUAGUCCUGGUCUUGUCCUAGUUUAACCAUGGUCCAGACCUGGUUUAGUCCUGGUCUACUCCUGGUUUAGUCCUGGUUUAGCCAUAGUUUAACCUGGUCUAGUCCUGGUUUAGCCCUGGUCUAGACCUGGUUCAACCCUGGUCUAGUCCUGGUUUAGCCCUGGUCUAGACCUGGUUCAACCCUGGUCUAGUCCUAGUUUAACCAUGGGCUAGUCCUGGUCUAGUCCUGGUUUAGCCCUGGUCUAGACUUGGUUUAGUCCUGGUCUAGUCCAGGUUUAGCUCUGAUUUUGUCCUGGUCUGGUCCUGUUUUAUUCCUGUUUUAGUCCUGGUUUAGCCCCAGUUUUGAUGACGUGAACAUGGUGUGUUUCACUUGCCGUUGUUUUCGCUCGGGCAGUAUAAUCCCAGUCCGUGCAUGAAGUCUUUAUAGUCGAUUUAGUAUUGAACGUUUCUGUGUUUAUUUAUGAACUUCUUUUGCUGUGUUGUCUAAAGGCAUUUUUGUUCAUGAAGUGAAUAUUUUAUUGCAUCCAAACUGGAAGUGCUCAAACUAUCUGUGUUUUUAUGUCAACUUUUAGUUCUUGAAAUGGUACUUUGGAUUUUGUGGUUCUGAAAGCAGCUUUACUUUAGGUUUGUGAAUACACUAAACAUUAGUGUUGCGUUUACAUGAGAUGAGACUGAAAAGGUGUGCGCAGGUUUCACGAGCUGCUGUUCUGAUCAGGAGCUAAGAAGCAAUACAUGCAGUGACCCGUUUUGUAAUGAAAAUGUUAUAUUACUGCAUUUACAAAUAAAGUUAUGUUUUGUAAAACUU